CGGGGACAGCGGCACCCCGUCGGCCCCGCAGCAGCACCCGAGCCUCCCUCCCUGCCGCCUGGCCCGGGCUCCCGCGCCGCUGCUUUGCUGCCGAGGACACCUCAUGGGAAAUAAAUAAAUUAAUUGCCCCACUCACCCCCGCGGCAGGGAAAGGAGCCGGCGGCGGCCGCGGGAUUAGAUCCAGCCCGAGCUAGAGACCAGCCUAGUUGGAGAAGAGACAGAGACCAAAAAUGCCACCAGCAACAGGAGCACCGGAGUACCCACCUCCAGAUGGAGGUUGGGGAUGGGUUGUGGUCUUUGGGGCUUUUAUCUCCAUUGGAUUUUCCUACGCAUUCCCCAAAGCCAUCACAGUAUUCUUUAAAGAAAUACAAGAAAUCUUCCACACAUCAUAUAGUGAGAUAGCUUGGAUAUCAUCGAUAAUGUUAGCUGUCAUGUAUGCAGGAGGUCCCAUAAGCAGCAUUUUGGUGAAUAAGUAUGGUAGCCGGCCUGUGAUGAUAGCAGGAGGUAUCUUAUGUUCAUUUGGUAUGAUUGCCUCCUCUUUCUGCAACAGUGUCCUGGAGCUUUAUAUAUGUAUUGGUGUCGUUGGAGGACUGGGCUUAGCAUUCAACUUACAGCCUGCCUUGACCAUGAUUGGCAAGUAUUUCUAUAAGAAGCGUCCCAUUGCUAAUGGAUUAGCUAUGGCUGGAAGUCCAGUGUUUCUGAGCACACUGGCACCUCUCAAUCAAUUCCUCUUUAAUGCAUUUGGCUGGAAAGGAAGCUUUCUCAUUCUGGGAGGACUUCUUUUGAACUGCUGUGUGGCUGGGUCACUUAUGAGACCUGUUGGACCGAAAACAGUCCCUCCUGUGAAAAAAGAUGUUGAAAAAGGAACAGGAGAUUCUGCCUUGCACAAAACCAGCAAAAAGUCUUUUUGGCAAACUAUAAAUACAUAUCUUGAUUUGUCCCUCUUCAAACAUAGAGGGUUUCUGAUCUAUUUGUCAGGAAAUGUCAUUAUGUUUAUUGGUUUCUUCGCUCCAAUAGUUUUCUUGGCUCCUUAUGCCAAGCACAAAGGAAUUGAUGAAUAUUCUGCUGCUUUUUUGCUAUCUAUCUUAGCCUUUGUCGACAUGUUUGCUAGGCCUUCAAUGGGACUUGUAGCAAACUCCAAGUUUAUUCGGCCAAAGAUUCAGUACUUUUUUAGUUUUGCUGUCUUUUACAAUGGCGUCUGUCACAUCUUGUGCCCUCUGGCAACAAAUUACACUGGCUUGGUGAUAUAUGCUGUAUUUUUUGGGUUUGCAUUUGGAAUGGUUAGCAGCGUGCUUUUUGAGACAUUGAUGGACCUCGUUGGGGCUGCCAGAUUUUCCAGUGCAGUUGGACUUGUUACAAUCGUGGAAUGUUGCCCUGUACUCAUAGGCCCUCCUCUAGGAGGUUGGUUGGUUGAUGUUACCGGUGAAUAUCAGUACAUGUAUUUUGUCUGUGGAGUGAUUGUGACUGUGGCCAGUAUCUGGUUGUUCAUUGGCAAUGCCAUUAACUACAGGCUUUUGGCAAAAGAAAAGAAGCUAGAAGAUGAGAAGCAGAAAGCUCUGAAGAACGCUGACUCAAAGGAAGCAGAACCGUUAACAAACAAUGAGAACGAAGAUGCUGCCAGCAGAGCUGAUAAAGCUCUUGAAGAUCCUUCAGAAAGAGAAACUAAUAUUUAAGCUGCAAUAUAGCUCAGAAGGCAACAUUUAUAGCUUCCAUUAGAAAUAUGUCUACAGGACAUAGGCCAAGUUUUGAGGUAAAAAUGAUCAGUCACAAUAUUGGAUGGGAACAGAUUUUUGCCCCACGGCAAGACUCUAAGUUAAAAUAGUAUCUACAGUAUAUUUAUUUCAGUGAUGCAAAAUUGAGAUUACAGAGGUAGUUGCUCCAUGCAAAUGAUUCCAUCAAACUAUGACUCUGGACAAUCAAGAGUCAGGUAAAUCAGACUAUAUAUAAAGCCUUCCAAUGACAGUUUUGUUUUAAAACUAUAUCUCAUGCAAACGUAUCUCUUACUCUUAUUUGGGAAGAUACUUUGUGUUCACCUUAGAGUAUUGUUAAAGUUUGCUGAAAUAAUCUACCCAAAUUGUACUUACUACUAAUAGUAAAAAGAAUAUAAGCUCAAAGAUUUUAAAAGAGGCAGAAUACCUGAGUAAAGCACACUGAAACUUUUUCUCUUUUUUAUGCCCACAAGAUCAAAAAGAUACAUUAUGUCUGUAUAAAAAAUUAUGAUAUUGAUGUAAAAGCUGAGGCUAGAAGAUGAACAGUUGGUGGGCUGCAUCUCUAAAAUACAAUAAACAGCUUUAUUAGAAUGUAUUUCAGAAUUUGUUUCCUCCUGUGGUAGCUGACUACAUUGUACUUCAACAUAUACAUUAGAACACAAAGUACAUUCAGACCUCACUAAUUCAAACUAAGCUAAAAUUUGUCUGUAUGUAAAAAGGUUUAAAACCAAGAGUGACAGUUAGUUUGUUCAGUUAUGUAUUCCUCUAUGGUGGGAGGAACUGGACUGGACUGUAAAGCCUUUUUCCUAAAGGGCCUAGAUUCAGAACCUGCUGAUGUUAAAAGGAUACUUACCCUUGGCUUUUGUGGCCUGGCUGAGUUUCAUGGCAAUGACUUCAAAGUAGGUGCUUGGGUUUAUUGGCAAGUCAGUAUUGUUUGAUGGAUCUAUUGAGAGAUUUAAGUUCUAACUUCAGGUCUUUGCAGACAGGUAACUUUAUACCAGUUCUCACCUACCUUUCCCAUGUACUUAAUGAAGAGCUAUUCUUCUGUAGUGUCAGUUUUGAACACAAAUGCUGCAAGGCACACUGACAGUGCCAACCUGGAAGCUUUCUACUGAUAUAUCAUUUUUGUGUAGGGUAUUUGGUCUUGUGUCUACAAUUUCACACAGACAUUUAUAUAAAUUAAAAUGUACACAAUUGUUCCUCUUCCUUUAGGCAAAGAAAUUGUAGGUCUACAAUUUUACUUAAAAGAAAUUAGCACUGCACUUGAAAUCUAGAAGUGCCAGCUUCUGAAGGUAUUAAGUAAAAAAAUAUUUACUCCAUUUGUAGGUAAGGAAAGGUGCUAUUAAUUUUGGCAAGAUGCAAAUAAAUGCCUGAGAAACUGUGAAAAUUAAGAGUGUGAUUGAUAAAACAUUGAUGCGCUGUUUAUACAGAAUAUACAUACAUUUAAUUCAUGGAAAGAAUGUAAUUCUUUUUAGCCCUCUUAAAUCUCAAAAGUUGCAAAUAUAUUGGACAGACAGCUAGCUUUGUUAAACAUUCUUUAAAGCACCAAUAAGAGAAGGAAAAAAAAAAAAAGUGAAAUCUAACAAAUACGUGAGUGCAUUUAAGAAAGAAUAGUGUACAUAUUAUUAUUAUUUUCAGUCUUCUAAAAAUUUUGGUAGUGCUUGCAUCUGUUUUGCUGGGUUACCAUCUUAUAUACUAUGAACUUCCAUAGUAAUGCUGAACUUUUCCAUUAUCUGAACACCGUUUUGGAGAAGCAUUGUGAAGUAUCAUGCAGCAUGGUACAGAAAUUAAAGUCUACUUUUUACCUAAUUAUAUGCAGGAAAACCAAACACCUUCUAUAAGUCCUAUAAUCUUAUAGGUGAAUCAGCACAAAAUAUCUAUGUUUCAGAGUUUUGGGAGAAAAUACAGGUUACAUGCUCAGAUUUGAGCAGUGAACUGUGUAAAGGAGAAUGAUGUAGUCCCAGUAAAAUUACACUUCCUCUCCCAGCCUCCAAGUUCAAAGAAUAAAUAAAUACGUUGCACCUCCUUCCUAAACAUAGCCCUGCCAGCACAAAAUGAGACCAAAGCUUUGUUGUGUUCUUGGCUAUGAAAACAUACAGAGUGAAUUCCAGCAUCUGUGAAGGCCCUAUGUGCCCAGAGUCAGAGAGGUGAGGAGUUUCAUAGACAUGAAGCUUUCACACAGUGAAGGAACAUCAAUUAUAAAUACUGAAUUGCAAAAGACUAACUGAAAUUUUAGCUAAAGACUAGUGAUCAGAAACAUCACUGUGCUCUUAACAACAAGUGGUAGAAAGGUAGAGAUUAUUUGAAAAGAGGUGAAUAUAGGGACUGAACCAAAAAUACUGAGGCAAAAUUCUAAGUGCUUAUUAUCUCUUUGCAAAAUAUAAUGUGAUUAAGUAUAUAGAGUAGAAGACAAGAAGUGUCAAGUUUUGACUUAAGUCUCUUGAAAAUUGCUGUUGAAUAAAUAAGGGACUCAGAAGAAAGAUUAUUUUUAAAGGGUCUCAGGAAACAUGCAGGCAACUUACCUGUUCUAUGCAGGAUCACAGAAUACUGUGCAAUAUGGCAUAGGAAAUGAGGGAAAAACCAAGUUCCUCUAGUUGUAGACACCCUUGAGCAUCAGUAACAAAAAUUAUGUUACUAUCUCAGAGGAAAUAAAAAUUGAUAUAAACACAACCUCUGCAGAGCUACUUCUCUUUCAUGUCUGGUCAAUUCAAAAUUAAUAUGAACGAACAAACUUUUUUACCUGCACUCACCAAUGUUUAACUUUUUAAUCCCAUAGGGUAAAAAUAAUGUAGCAGGCAACUGAAGCAAUGUAAUGUAUGAACAGAAUCAAGGGAAGCAUUUCCUUACACCUCUUUCAUUACUUUUCCUAAUAAUACUAGAAAAAAACACACCCCAACAAAACAAGACAAAACAAAACCAUCAGAAUGCUCUUGAUAUUACUCAAUAUUAAGGAAGUUAAAAUCCAGAGAUAAAUGAAGAAAAUUGGAACUGUAUCUAUGCAAAAACUGCCUGGAAUUAAAAAACUCUGUCUUCCAAAUAACAGGUCCUAAAGGGGCAAUUGCCUUGUAUCGAUAGCUCUUAUUUCUAAAAGUAAUAAUAAGAAUAAAUUGCCUUGAAUCAAUUCUAUACUGAACAGCAAAGUAGUAAAAUUAGUAUAACUUGCCUUCAAACCCCUGAACAUCACUCUUACUUGAACUGAGCUGUAAUUUUUACUGCAAAUCAUUUCAUCAUUAGAUUUCUGCUUUCAGAAUAAAUCCUGGGUAUAUUCUAUCUCUCUAAAUCCCCCUCAUGCCUUUUAAAUACCUUGCCACCAGUAGGAACCACCGCUGGGUCAGGACAGAGAGGUGCCCCAGCCCUACAAUCAAGGAAUGUACUCUUAAACUUCAAGAUAUACCAGAUGCAUCAAUUAUGCACUAUGGAGUCUGCAGGCUCUAUCAGACAGUGCUUGCAAAUCCUUAAUUGCUCUUAAUCUCAUUUAUACUAAUUUAUAUGUCAUCCUCUUCCUUUCUCGACCACAGUAUCACUUAUCCUAAUUAUCAAAUUGCUGUUAUUUGAUCAAACAAGAAAAAUAAUGCCAAAUUUUUAAAAUUAAUAUGAAAGGGUGUAAUAUUUUUCCUAUUUAACAUCAAGGUUAAGUUUCAAGUGGUUUCACAGUAGAAAGAUGCUUUUAUCUCUUUAGGGUUUUUUGAAAUUAUAAUCUCUGGUAGCUGGAAGGUUCUUCCGUAUUGCCCUUUCUAACUCUAGAUAAAGACUUCUCACCAAUAAUUCUUAGUACUUUUUUAAGAACAUAUCAAAAGUUCACCCCUCCCUCCUCUCACCAUUAAACUGUGGUUGCAGAUUUUGUCAGUUCUGUAUUUCCACUAAGUUCACAAAAGCAUCUUUUUACAUGAAAUCUUGCAGCACAGUAGUCAGACUACAAUCCUUUUAUUUCAGGAGUGUGAUUUGUGAACUGUUUUGACAGAGUAAGGUAAAGUCUUACUUUAUCUUCAAGUAGUUUUUUUUUUUUUUUUUUUAAUGAUGCUGUCCUUAGGAGAAGUUGUUCAACUUUAUGUACCAUUGAAGUCAAUGGCAGCAAUUUCACUGACAUCAUUAUUCAAAAUUCACAUGAAUUUUAAUAAUCUUUUAGCAUAUCAGCAUCCGGUGUGCUUAAAAAACCUUUGACAGUGUGUACGUAAUUGUUCCUUCCAGAGAACUCUUGUUCCUCUUGAAGGCUCCUCACUCCAUUCUUCAUUUUGAUGUAACACCAAGAAUUUGGGCCUGACAUACAGUGAUUUUUCUUGAAUGCUUUCUUGUCAUUCACUUUCCUCAAAUGCCUAAAAAAACCAUUUUCACUUGCUAAUUUCAGGUCUGGAUGGUUGUGAAUGUUAGUGGGGAAGUAUUAUUCAGGUACAUAAUAAGCUACUGAUAUCGCAUACAGCCAGGUCUGGGGCAUCCAUCAAGUCUUCACUAAACAAAGCCAUGACCACUUUUAUUGUUGAGCAUGUUGUGACUGAUAAUGAGAAUUAACAAAAUUAAAUGAAGGCAACUUUUGUUAGCUUCUCUAUAGAUGACUAUUUUUCUAUUCACAGAGAGGAAUAUAAAGGGAAUUUUUAAAUACCUAAUUUCUGACAUAACAAUUUUAAGAAGGCUUUCGGGAUUUUUUUUUUGGGUGGGGGCUUUUCAGAUAUUUGUGCUUAUAUAUAGAUAUAUAAAAUAUGUUUUCAGGUAUUAUCACCUUUUUGAUCACAGUUUGUGUAAGCAUUUCUAUGUAAUUUCAACAUACUGUGCAUGUUGUUGUUUUGCAGUUCAAAUUUUUCUUGUCAUCUACCUCUCAAUUGAAGUUUAGAGACUUGCACAACCCUGGAAAAAUACAGUUAACAAAAAGCAUAAUGAUCAAACCUCUACAGAGUCUCACAAAAUCUCCCCAACAUUUGAAACUAUUUAGAUUUCUAUUUUUAAGGUGUUGCAUCUUUAUGACUAAAUUCAUCUAUCAAUUGGCAUAUCUUUAUUAAAUCUAAAGAUUUAACCCAUAAUGGUAUAUUUUUUACAUCACUGAACUCAGUGUGUUAUUCAGAUAGCAAACGUCUACUGCUCUUUUUGUGAGAUCCUGGCCCUCAUUUAAUAUUACAUAGGUAAUACAUCAAAAGAAUUUUCAAAAGUAUUACCAAAUAUGUCACAUUUUGCAUUCUUAAAAAAACAAAACAAAACAAAGCCAACCCCACAAAACUUUAGCCUGUCCCCCAUCCCCCUUUGUGAGAAGUUGAGAGAGAUGGUCACAAAAUGUCAUACUGGGGCUGAGGAAUAAUGAUAUGCUCUUAACAAAACCAGACAUGAUGAUUGUUGCUUCAAAGAUACUCUUCUUUUUAGUCUCCAAACAAUUCUUGCCUUCUAGAAUCUAGUAAAAAUCCCACUGAAGCCAAGAGAAAGAAGCAUUUCAAAGUCAAAGACCUUGAUCAGACAUCAGAGGUGAUGUGGCUUCAGUGGAGGCUUCAGCCUUAUUUUCUCCAAAAUAGAUCUCAAGAGGAUCCAAUGUAACAGAGCAAAUGCAGGUUUUAUUGCAACUGGCCAAUUUAACUGUGCCUGCAUAAUAUUCCUAAUGAAUAAAUCCCUAAAUUAACGCACAAUAUGUAUUAUUUUAAUAGCCUAUGUAAAUAAAAAAGUAAAACAUAAACUCUGAAUGUAGAUUAUAAAACAGAAAAUAUAUUUAAAUAAAUACCCAAACAUACCUUUAACCCCAAAGGAAAUUAUCUAUUUCCUUUCAAGCCUUCCUUCAGCAGUUUAUAAUCUUAAUUUUUGUUAUUUUCCAGAGAAAAUGGUUUAUGCCUUUCAGGAAUGUGUAUAUAGAUUUAUAUAUAAGGAAAUACAAAUGAAUAUGUGUGUACAUAUGUAUUGCCCUAUAUAUAAAACUCAAAUUUAUAUAUAUUAUAUAUAUUUAUGUAUAUAUAAAAUAUAUAUAAUGUCUCACAGUAAGUUGCAUACUGUGCCUGAUAAAUGAAGCAUAUUUGUAAGCAGAUAAAACACUUCAACAAAAGACAGAAAAAUGUAAAGAUUUUCUACAAGAGUAUAUUUUAUUAUUUUUCUGUUUCUGCUGGCUUAAUUGAUUUUAGAAAUUUGUUCAGAAAAUAUCAAUAUUACAUAACACUGGUAUUCCUACCAUGAUUCAGUUCAAAGUGGCCUAAAUCACUGAGCAUUUUCAUAGCUGUUGGACUAUAGAACCUACAUUGUUGGUGGAGGGGUUGGUUGGUGGGUUUUGCCAUGUUAAUUUUAACCACAGGAUCUCUGAGCAUACUGCGACACGUAGACUGAGUUUUCAUUUAUUGCAGUAUGUAUGACAAGAUCACAUGAGGUUUGAGGGACAUGAUAUUCUUGUAAAAAUUAUGGAGACUGAGGAUACUGAAGGCCCUGCAAACAAUAUUCCUAUUAAACUAUUAUGGGAAACUCUCCAGAGCACUAGGCUCUAGAAACACUGACAAUUUUUCAUACUUUUUCCAGGUUUUUGGUAUUUUUAUUUUGUCUGCAAGUAGGCAAGCCAGUGAAAAGUUUAUGUUUGUCUCUGACUCUUUAGAAGUUCUACCUGAAAGUUAUUGAGAGAUUUUUUGGAGUGCUACAUAAAGCACUUACAUAAAUACAGUUCCUGAAGUGUGACAUAGGUGCAUUUUUCACCUGUAGGCUACUUGGAAAGUUCACCAUAUCUGCAGUCUACCAACAAAACUUGGUAUUGCUAUGCAAUAAUUAAACAUGCAGUAGCCAUUGUUGUUGACUAACAAACUUUUUUCUUCCUUUUUCUAUUUUGCAAUACUGUACGGGUUUUACUUGAAUAUAUUGCCUACAUUUUGGGUUUUUUUGUUGUUGUGGGUUGUCUUUUGGGGUUUGUUUUUUUUGUUGUUAUUAUUUUAUUUUAUUUUAUUUUGCAAUCAUUUCUUAGCUAGAGGUGCUAUUUAUUUUCCAAAGAGACCUGGGUGAAUGAUAACAUUCUCUCUCUAGGUGCCAAAUCCUUUUUUUGACCUGACAAAAUUCAUUGUUCGUAAUGUACAUUAACCCUGUAAAAUGCUUAUGCACUACAUUACAUUGUAUUUAAAUGCAUACAUGCUCAUUAACUUCUAUUCCAGGCUUGUACUAGUGUCAAAUAUGUCAAGUUUGUCUAUAUAUAUUUAUGGAAAAUUACAUUGAAAAGUAUGUAUAAUAAAGAAAUUAAAAGUAAAUAAAAUUUCUGUGUAAAGUUUUUGAAA